GAUACGUCCCUGUCGGAACGUCCUCGACGUCUUCCCAUUGGUUCCAGAAAAACUCGGAACCCACCCACUCAACGCCCGGACCCUGAUUAUUUUAACAUGAACCGAUCCCGAAACGCACCAUUUUCCGUAUAAUCACAAUCGACAAACGAACCAUGUACGUGCCGCUCGAGAACGGAGACAUGACGGACCGCCACAACCACCAGACGAGCUACGAGGUUUUUCCGAGCCCUCAUCUUUUCCACGACGGUUAUCGCGCGCCCUGUAUAUACGACGCGCAAUGCGCCGAGACGGACGCGGAAUGCGCGUCCAACAUCCAGGAGUUCUACUACAGUUUCUACAGGAAUUUCCACGAGGCGCAGACCAAGAUCGGCGAUGGUUACGGGGAUUUCCCGGCCAGGGGAAAAUCGACGGAAGUUUGGAGCGAUGACUGCGAUAGGGGAGAAAGUUGUUAUUUCGAAGGAGUUGGGGGGAACAACGGCUUCCUGGAAAAGUGCAUAGAUAUAAAAAACGAAGAUUCCAAUAAGCCGAGGAAAGAACGGACGGCCUUCACGAAAAACCAAAUAAAAGAGCUGGAGAAAGAAUUUUCCCAUUCGAACUAUCUGACAAGAUUGAGGAGGUACGAGAUCGCAGUCGCUUUGGAUCUCACGGAAAGACAAGUGAAAGUAUGGUUUCAAAACAGACGAAUGAAAUGGAAGAGGACGAAAGUUUCGGAUAAUGGUUCCAGCGGGAGGGUGUACAGGAAGAAGGUCGAUAUUAAAUCUGAACAAUGAGGAAAAAAUAAGCGAAUCAUUUAGUCAGAGAUAUUAUGGAUAUAAAUUUGUACAUAUUAGUGGUUUUUACUUUAAUAAAACAUAUAUUAUUCA